UACCACGGGUCACAAAUCUCUCCAUCCAUAUUUCUUCCCUCGCAAACAUUGAUAUGCAGUAAGUUUGUUUUCAAUUCAAGCUCAUAUCCUUUCUCUCAAGUCUCAAGUCCUCCCUAAUCAUAAUAUCACCAACUCAUACUCAACAAAUUAAGAAACCAGCAUACAUACAUACAUACACCAACCAGCGGUUGUGUAAGUGUCCAAACAAAGCAUAACUAGCAAGCCACAGCCACAGGCUUUAAUUACUAAGCAAAUAUUCAACAUCUCCCCGCGUGUUUGACAUUUGAGGUUUGAGAGAAGAGAGAAAAAACAAAAAGAGACAUGAACAUGGUUUCGGUGUCAGCAGCGGUGUGCAAGCCCGUAGUAGCGAGUUUCAACCCGGCAUCACUGAGGAAUAUGGACUCGCUGUCCCUUUUUCGUCACCACCGCAACAACAAGGAGAAAGUAGUGGUAAUCAUGGGCGCAACGGGGACAGGAAAGUCAAAACUGGCAAUAGACCUCGCCACGCAAUUCCCACCAGCGGAGAUAGUCAACUCCGACAAAAUGCAAGUGUACGAAGGCCUAGACAUCACCACGAACAAAGUCACCGAGGAAGAGCGUCGCGGGGUCCUACACCAUCUCCUAGGCACGGUCAACCCCAACACCAACUUCACCGCCCAAGACUUUUGCGACCACGCCACACUCGCCGUUGGCUCCAUUUUGGGCCGUGACGGUUUACCCAUCAUUGCGGGUGGGUCCAAUUCCUUCCUCGACGCGUUGGUCAACCAUCACACCGAGUUUCGGUUACGCUACGAGUGCUGCUUCCUCUGGGUCGAUGUUUCACUCCCCGUCCUUCAUUCCUCUCUCUCCGCACGUGUGGAUCGCAUGAUCCACGCUGGCCAGGUCCACGAGGUUCGAAAAAGCUUUCAGUACCAUAACGACGAUUAUACCGUAGGUUUACGAAAGGCCAUUGGCGUCCCUGAGUUUCAUGAUUUUUUCAGAGCCGAAGCCGACGGAGCCGAUGAGAGGACCAAACAGCGGCUCCUCGAGGCUGCCAUUGCUUCCCUCAAAACCAACAACUGCAGCCUCGCCAACCGACAGGUCCAGAAGAUUCAUCGUCUUUACGGCAUGUGGAAAAGGAACAUGCACCGCCUCGACGCCACCGAGGUUUUUCUCAAGAACGCUACUCGCCAGGAGGAGGCAGAGGAGGCGUGGGAGGAUCACGUGUUGUCCAAGAGCAGAAGGAUUCUCAAUAAGUUUCUGUAUGAGGAUACGCAUGUCGCUCCCGCAGGUAUUGCUGCGUCAGUUGUUAUUGCUUCUUCGCCGCCAGCCAUGGCUGCCGCCGCCGCCGCCGCAACUCACUAGAGAUAUAUACUAUAUAGGGCCAGAGAAUCUAAUAUAGAGAAAAGUUCCCCACUGACAUGCCUCCGAUGACACUACUACAUGCCAUUUCACAUACUUUAUUUUUUACUUUUGGUAUCGUAAAAAAAAAGGUUUACUAGCUAUAUGUAUAAUCUUUUGUUACUUACUAGUACUAUAUAUGUAAUGUGUUACAAUCAUAUCACCGAAAUACUUAACAGUAAUCCAUGAGUUAAUUAUAGUAUUAA